AUGGGCAGCAGCGAGGCACCACCACCUUCUGGCGAUGACCCUCACACACUCAUGCAGCUGGGCGAGUCUCAAAUGGUGUCCAAUCAGGUCCAAGCAGCACUGCACUCGUUCAGCCGAGCUGUUGCUCUGAUACCAAAUGAUGCAGAGGCAUGGCGGCUGCAGGGGUGGGGGCACAAGGAGGCUGGCAACAGGCGCGAGGCAGAGGCGAGCUUCAAUAGGAGCGUCCAGCUCAAUGAGAGCUUCCUGCCUGCGCUGAUCAUGUGGGUGGAGCUGAGACACGUGGCAGGCGACCAUAGACACGUGGCAGGCGACCACAGGGGCGCGUUAAAGCUGCUGGAAGCGGCACUGCAGCACCACCCAUCAAGCGUGCAGCUCAGAUACCUGGAGGCCUCCUGCCACCACGCUGUUGGGAACUUUGUUCAAAGCAUCACCCUAUACAACAACAUGCUUUCACUCUCGCCGCAGCAGCACGAGCAGGCUUUUGUCUUCCUCGCCUUCUUCCAAAGGGAGGUGGCAACGCACAUGGCAAUGACCAUAAACGACCCCUUUCCUGAAUUCAGCAUCAACGACCGUUUCAGCAGCGUCUUCAAGGAGGGGUGGGCGCGUGCGUUCCACCCGGCAGAAGUGGUGCAGAGAGGCUAUGCCAUGCUCGCGGACUCGCGCGCCCUCCUCUCCUCCCUGCAGCGCCGCCAGCUGCUUCUCGAUGAAGGAGCUGCUGACGUGGGCGGAUUCGAUUGGUCGGCGCGUGCAUUACAAUGUGACGGGGUUUGUGUGGAACCCGAGGCAGCAGCGGGCGGCCGGGUUGGCAGCACUCGAGAUCAUGCAGCGAAGGCCACUCUCUCACCGUGUGCGCUCCUCCCCUCUCCCACAGGAGGGAGUCGUUUGAGAGUGGCUUUGGCUCCAGCACCCCCAUGGUCUCGGGGCCUGCCCACAACAUCCGCUAUGCCAUGCACUCUCCCCGGUGCGUCCCUGCUACCGCUGCCUUUUGAGUUUGUCUCAAAACGUCACCUUCAUGGGCUUUGGUUCUUUGGCUACGCCAUGCACGCUCCAAGAGCACUUGAGAUGGUGAAGGCCAUAAUUGGGGAGCAAGGCAAGGUGUACCGAGGGGGGUAUGAGGAGAUCGUGCUGUCCAAGUAUGCCCUGCGGCAGGUGAGGUUUGGAUGCCUUGACUAUGCUUGUAUCAAUUUUGAGAAGGUGAGCCUUCACGGUUCCCUGUGUCCCUCACCUCUAUUGCUGUGUCCGCCCUCUCUCUCCCAUCAGGCCAUCUGCCUGGCAGUGGCAAACACGGCUCUCCGCUACUCUGACCUCCCCAUGUACCGCAAGACCGUGCAGGAUAGCAUUCUGAGAAUGGCCUACUACUGGUACAACUUCAUGCCCUUGGCACGCGGCACAGCCAUGACAGGCCAUGUCGUCACGCUCGGCCUGCUCCUCGCCAUCGACCUGCACGCCUCCCAGCCCAUCCCCCCUGCCGUCCAGGUGGACUGGGAGUCCAUCCUCUGCCCCUCGGCUCCCCUUUUCCUCCGCUCCGUAUCCUCCUGGCUCUACCCUUCGCUAACUUACUCACCUCGCCUGAAGGAACUUCUGAGUGUGGAGGACGCGUUCCCUUCCCUGGGUGAUGUUGUGGAUGUGCUAAGUGCGGCGGUGGAGGAGGAGGGAGAGGAUGGUGGAAAGGAGAAGGAAGAGGAGGGGGGACAGGAGGGCGGCGACGAGGAAAGGCAAAGGACCACAGUCGGAGAUGAGCAACCUGGAGGGCCUUUAGAAGGAAAGGAGUUGACGACAGGAGGCGAGUCUGGUGGGGGUUUAAGCAGUGUGGGUUCGAAGAUGGUGGAGAGUCUUGAGACGAGAUCGGGUGUGGGUGGGGGGGAUAAGCUUGAGGGUGGGGAGGGGGGAGAGUCUAAGGAGAGGGAAGAGAGUGCGGGUGGGAGGAGGGGACGGAGAGGGGGAAGGAGGGCACAAAGGGAGAAGGAGAGAAGAGAGAGGGAAGAGCGGUUGCGAGAGGAGGAGAGAGCAAGAAAGGAAGGAGCAAGCGAAGGGAAAGGGGAGGAGCAAGUGAGUGAGAAAGGACGAAGCGAAGUCAGAAAGGAAGGGAACGAGAGGAUGCAGGAGGUAGAGGAAGAGGUUGAGAGUGAGGGAGGUAAGAUAGGAGGCAAAGGGAGAGGGUUGGCAGACGGUAAUAGGGAGAGGGGAGGGGAGGCAGAUGAGGACGAUAACGCAGCAGACCGAGGUGGUGAGUCAGCAGACCGAGGUGGUGAGUCAGCAGAUCAAGGUGGUGAGUCAGCAGACCGAGGUGGUGAGUCAGCAGACCAAGGUGGUGAGUCAGCAGAUCAAGGUGGUGAGUCAGCAGACCGAGGUGGUGAGUCAGCAGACCAAGGUGCUGAGUCAGCAGAUCAAGGUGGUGAGUCAGCAGACCGAGGUGGUGAGUCAGCAGAUCGAGGUGGUGAGUCAGCACACCGAGGUGGAGAGUCAGCAGUGGAGGAAGGGAGGGAAAAGAGGGGGAGGAGAGGGAGGGGGCGGAGAGAGGAGAGGAGAUUGAGGAGGGAGAAGGGGGGGGGACGAGAGGAAGGGGUUGGUGGUGUGGAGGAGCAUGAGAACGAGGCGAAGGGCAGGGGGAACGUAAAGGUAAUCACUGAGGGCACAUCUACUAUCAAGGACAAUGAGAAGGAUGUGGAGAAGGAGAGUGAGAAGGAGAAGGAGAAGGAGAAGGAGAAGGAGAAGGAGAAGGAGAAGGAGAAGGAGAAAAAACACAAGAGAGAGAAGAUGGUAAAGGAGAAGGGAGAGCAAGAGGAGGCGGCUUCUGCAGAGUCCAGGCGAGAUUCAGCCAAGGGAAGAGCUGGUGGGCGUCCAAAGAAGCGGUGGUGGGGUAGUGACGUGACUCUCGAAGCAGCAGUGGGGCUGGUGAGUGGCAGUGGGGGGGCUCAAGCAGGCAACUACGAGGCUGCGAUUGAAGCAUUUGCACAGCUGGAGGAGCAGGGCGAGGAGGAAUCAGCAGGGCUGCUGGCGUGGAGGGGGGCGGCCAACUCCCUCACCGGCCGCCACACGCAGGCCGUCACUGACCUCACCAAGGCGCUCAGGAUCAUCCCCUCCGAUCUGCCCAUCUACCAAAGUCUGCUCAACCACCGAGCCAUCUCGCACCUCAAGCUGCAGCGAUUCACAGAGGCCAUAGCGGACUGGACGACCAUGAUUGAUGCCAACCCGAGCAAUGUUGCUGCCAUUCGUGAGAGAGGCAUGGCUCGUGUGAACCACAGGGCUUUCAAGGACGCCAUUCCGGACCUCACCACCGCACUACACCACUCUCCACACGAGCACACCCUCCGCCUCUUUCUCGUACAGUACAUUUCCAUGGCAUGGUAUGCGGCAUCGCUGCAGGCGGUGGUGCAGGCAGAGCCGCAGAGGGGGGAGGCGUGGCGCGUGCUGGGGGACGUGCGGCGGGUCAUGGGGGAGGUGGCGGAGGCGGAGAGGUGCUAUGCGAAUGCGCUCAAGGAGUUCCCCAGUGAUAUGCCCACGCUGCACUCCUGGGUGAAGCUGCUGCAAUCCACCAGCAGACACAGGGAGGUGAUCAGCCUGCUCUCAAAGUACAUCCCCUACCACCCGGCUGACGUGGAGCUGCGCUAUUGGUUGGCAUCGUCGCACCACUCCUUGGCUGACUUUCCCAAGGCUGUUGACAUGUACAAUCAGGUGCUUGAGAUGCAGCCGCGUGACUACAGCGGGCGCCAGAGCCAUGACAUGGCCUUCUACCAGAGGGAGGUGGCAAUCUACAUGGCAGAGUGCAUGGAGCAGCCUUUGGACCGAUUCAGCAUCGACGAUCACUUCCCUCCUCUCUUCAAGGAGAGCUGGACAUACCGCUAUCCACCAGAUGCCCUCCUGCAGGCAGGCUACAAGCCCACGGCCCUGCCGCCUCUAGAUGGUCGGGGGGGCAACGGCAGCACCUGCAGCGGGGAGGGCGAGGGGGCAAGGCUGGGUGCUGCCCACGUGGAGGCUGUUGAUUGGGCAGACCGGCUGGGCGGACUGAUUCAGUACCACUGCGCUGGCUUCCUCAAUAACAGGCGCCAGAGACCCUCGUUCCUUCCCAAUCACUCCAACCAUCUUAUCCAUUCUGCUGCAAUGUGCUGCACACAGCAAAGGGCGGCGGGGCUAGCCAUGCUGGCGAUCAUGCAGGCACUCAGGCGCGAGUGGGCCCGCUUUCUUGCUUCCUCGUCUCGCCCAACCAGUGCCAGCAGCGGUGCUGACGUGGCGCUGACGUGGCGUGACGUGUACUCCAUGGCUGCCACGUGGCGGCAGGUGGCGGAGCCAACGGAUAAAGUGAUGUGGUCCGAUCGAUACACGGAGAGUGGGUUCAACAAGGGUGUCAUCUCCAGUACCCCCAUCUCAUAUGGCCAAUCGCUUAACUUCAAAUACGGCGCAUACACCGACAGAGCGUUUGGGAUUCUGAAGCAGCUGGUGCUGGAGCGAGGAUUGGUGAAGGCGCAGGAUGGGCUGGUGGAGAUUCCUCUGACCAAGACGGUGCUCAGAAAGGCUCGCAAGGCCAGCACCCACACGCAGCUAGUCGGGGCGGUCGGCCAACCCUCCUUCUACACGCCGCUGCUCAUUCCCAGCAUGGCACAACCCGGGAAGCUUAUUGAAGGCACACGAAUAUCAGUAUUUCCUAAUUCCGACUCCCCCGAGCCCGAGCUGGCAAUAGAGCUGAUGCUCAAGCCAGAGCGGUGGAGGGAGUAUGAGACUGAGAUGGACGCCGCAUGGCAGGCCAUCCGCCUGGCAGUGGCAAACACGUCUCUCCGCGACUCUGACCUCCCGGCCUACCGCAAGGCAGUGCAGGACAGCAUUCUGAGAAUGGCCUACUACUGGUACAACUUCCAGCCCUUGUCGCGAGGCACAUCAGGGACUGGUUAUGUGGUAAUGCUCGCUCUACUGCUGUCCAUGGACCUGCAAGUCACCGCAGCCAUCCCUCCAGGCGUGCAGGUUGACUGGGAGGCGCUCCUCUCACCAACUCCCGCAGACUUCACAGCAGGCACCGCAGAGUGGCUCUACCCGUCGCUCGUGUAUAAUCCAGAGUUGGGCCAGAUCCCACUGAUCAGUGACACGUUCCCAUGUCUUCGUGAAGUUUUCCUUGCUCUAGAGUAG